CUGGCUCUGGCCUUGCUCGAGGCCCUGGGACUGGCAGAGGCUGGUCCCACCUCUCCGCCGCCCUGGGCCGGCCUGGGCCAGCCCCUUGUCCCCCGACCGACGCUUUCAGAGGUCCCUUCUGGCCCGCGACUCCUGCGCCUCCUCCCGCGCUUGGUGAGUGCCCCUGAGCCCCGACGCUCCGAGGGAGGGAGCCUGUCCCAACUCGCGACUCCAGGGACUCUGAGCUCAGAUCCCUCAACUGGGCUCCCGGUGGACGCCGGAGCCUUGCCGCAGGGACGCCGGGUCUGGAGUCCGGAUCCGCGAUUCCCCCUGGGGCAGAUCCUUCUGACAGAUCCCUGCUGCCAUGAAGAUCGCCGUGAUUGGGCAGAGCCUGUUUGGCCAGGAAGUUUACUGUCACCUGCGGAAGGAGGGACAUGAGGUCGUGGGCGUUUUCACUGUCCCAGACAAGGAUGGAAAGGCGGAUCCCCUGGGCCUGGAGGCCGAGAAGGAUGGAGUGCCAGUGUUCAAGUUCCCCCGCUGGCGGGUGAAAGGACAGGCUCUGCCCGAUGUGGUGGCAAAAUACCAGGCUUUGGGUGCCGAGCUCAACGUCCUGCCCUUCUGCAGCCAGUUCAUCCCCAUGGAGGUCAUCAAUGCCCCCUGCCACGGCUCUAUCAUCUACCACCCAAGUCUGCUCCCCCGACACCGAGGGGCCUCGGCCAUCAACUGGACCCUUAUUCAUGGAGACAAGAAAGGGGGUUUUACCAUCUUCUGGGCAGAUGACGGUCUGGACACUGGGGACCUUCUUCUCCAGAAGGAGUGUGAGAUCCUCCCGGAUGACACCGUGAGCACUCUAUACAACCGCUUCCUCUUUCCUGAAGGCAUCAAAGGGAUGGUGCAGGCUGUGAGGCUGAUCGCCGAAGGCAAAGCCCCCAGACUCCCCCAGCCUGAGGAAGGAGCCACCUACGAGGGCAUUCAGAAGAAGGAAACAGCCAAGAUCAACUGGGAGCAGUCAGCAGAGGCGAUUCAUAACUGGAUCCGAGGGAACGACAAGGUGCCAGGCGCCUGGACAGAGGCCUGUGGGCAGAAGCUGACUUUCUUCAACUCAACACUAAACACUGAAGGCCUGGUGCCCGAGGGAGAAGCCUUGCCUAUCCCAGGAGCCCAUCAGCCGGGGAUAGUCACCAAAGCGGGACUCAUCCUUUUCGGGAAUGAUGACAGAAUGCUUCUGGUGAAGAACAUCCAGCUGGAGGAUGGCAGGAUGAUCCCAGCCUCACGCUUCUUCAGCGGAGCAGACAGCAGUGUCCUUGAGCUGACAGAGGCAGAACUGGUCAUGGCAGAGACUGUGCGGAGUGCCUGGAAACGGAUUCUCCCCAGUGUCCUAGAGGUGGAAGACUCCACUGAUUUCUUCAAGUCAGGGGCUGCAUCGGUGGAUGUUGUGAGACCUGCAGGCUCGCUGGUUGGCCAGAGACUCUCAGACCAUCCCGAUGUGCGGAAAAUUGGGUUCACAGGUUCCACAGAGGUGGGAAAACACAUCAUGAAAAGCUGCGCCCUGAGUAACGUGAAGAAGGUCUCCCUGGAGCUGGGCGGGAAGUCGCCCCUCAUCAUCUUUGCUGACUGUGACCUCAGCAAGGCUGUACAGAUGGGGAUGAGCUCUGUCUUCUUCAACAAAGGUGAGAACUGCAUUGCGGCGGGCCGGCUCUUCAUAGAGGACUCGAUCCACGACCACUUUGUGCAGAAGGUGGUAGAAGAGGUGAAGAGGAUGAAGAUUGGUAACCCUUUAGAUCGGGACACCAACCAUGGGCCGCAGAACCACCAAGCCCACCUACGGAAGCUAAUAGAGUACUGCCAGCGUGGCGUGGAGGAAGGGGCCACGUUGGUCUGUGGUGGGAGUCAAGUCCCUCGGCCAGGUUUCUUCUUCGAGCCAACUGUUUUCACGGAUGUGGAGGACCACAUGUUCAUAGCCAAGGAGGAGUCCUUUGGGCCCAUCAUGAUCAUCUCUCGGUUUGCUGAUGGUGACGUGGACACCGUGCUGUCUCGGGCCAAUGCGACAGAAUUUGGCCUGGCUUCUGGCGUCUUCACCAGGGACAUCAACAAGGCCCUGUAUGUUAGCGACAAGCUGGGGGCAGGCACCGUGUUUGUCAACACAUACAACAAGACCGACGUGGCCGCUCCCUUCGGAGGGUUCAAGCAGUCCGGCUUUGGCAAAGACCUUGGAGAGGAGGCCCUGAACGAGUAUCUGCGGGUCAAGACAGUUACUUUUGAGUACUGAAGAAAGAUAUCCUGAGAGAAUGCCCCGCUCUCUACGAUGUGUCCUCGCCCUGCACAACCGGGCCUGCCCUCUCAAGGGGAGGCCUAGGCUGCUCCCCCAGAGGUCUCAUGCUCUCACCCCCUCCCGAGUGCACAGCACCCCACUUGAGACACUGUUGGAAACCUUCCUGUCCACACUCUCUGUCUCUGCUGGGACAGCCCCACCCUUGCCCAAUCACAGUGCCCUUUGUUUGGGUGAGAAAUUGGCCCCAAGGCAAAUAAAGGUUCUGACCAGUGGCAGCAGGA